AUGGAAGCGACUCCCAGUCGCACAUUCGCUGCGAAUCCGGCGACGCAGCGCGGGCGAGGGCUGCUGAUCGGAUCGCACGACGCGACCGAGGUGAUUACCUACUGUUCCGGCAAAUCCGUCGUCAUACGAUCGCUUAAAGACCCGCGCGACUGCUCAAUCUACUCCGAGCACUCCUAUCCGACGACCGUCGCGCGCAUUUCGCCCAACGGGGAGUGGGUGGCGUCCGCCGAUGUGAGCGGAACGGUGCGCGUGUGGGGGCGCGGCGGCGAGCGGCGGCUCAAGUACGAAUUGAAGGCUCUUAACGGGCCGAUCGACGAUCUGCAGUGGUCGCCAGACGGCCAGAGGAUCCUGGUGUGCGGCGACGGCAAGCCCACCUACGUGCGCGCGUUCACCUGGGAUUCGGGCGGAAAUUUGGGCGAUUUCGAGGGCCACACCAAGCGCGUGCUCAGCUGCGCGUUCCGCCCCGCGCGCCCCUUCCGCGCGUUCACGUGCGGUGAGGACUUUGCAAUCAACUACUAUGAAGGCCCGCCGUUCCGCUUCAAGGCUUCCAAUAAGGAGCACGGCAACUUUGUGAACUGCGUGCGCUUCUCCCCGGACGGCGCGCUGCUGGUGUCCGUGUCGUCGGACCGCCAGGGGCAGCUGUUCGACGGCAAGACGGGCGAGAAGCGCGGCACGCUCAGCGCGGACGACGCGCACACGGGCAGCGUGUACGCCGCCGCGUGGAGCCCCGACGGCAAGCAGUUGCUGACAGUGUCAGCAGACAAGACGGCCAAGGUGUGGGACGUGGCAGCAGACGGCAGCACGGCCACCGUCGCCACCACCUUCCCGCUGGGCUCCUCCGUAGACCACAUGCAGGUGGGGUGUGCAUGGGUGGGAGAGCACCUCAUUACCGUCGCCCUCAACGGGGACAUCCACUUCCUCUCGCCCGCAUCCCCCUCCGCACCACUGCGCACGCUCGUGGGCCACUGCAAGCCCAUCACCGCACUCGCACUCUUCUCCCCGGGAGGAGGGGACGCGGCGGGCGCGCCCACAGAGCUCGUGACAGGCAGCUAUGACGGCACGGUGGUGCGCUGGAACAUCGAGACCGGGUCGCUUGGUCGCAUGGAGGCACCUGCUGCUGCUGCCGCUGCUGCUGCUGCUGCUGCUGCUCCGGGUGCUGCUGCUGGAGGUGUGGCGGCCAUGGCAGCAGCGGGCAGCACGCUCUUACUCGCAUGCAAUGAUGACACCGUUCAGCUGGUGAACCUCUCGGACCUCACGCCGAUCGCUGACACGCCAACAAUUGCACUUGGAGCGCACCCCAAGGACAUCAGCAUCGCACCACACGACCCGGACCUCGCCCUCCUCACCACCGCCUCGGGCCUCACCCUCCUCCGCUCCUCCAAGCUCCUCUCCUCCAUCACUCCUGCCUUCACAGCCACGGCUGCUGCUCUCUCCCCCGACGGCAAGGAGGCGGCGGUGGGAGGGGAGGAUGGGGUGGUGAGAGUGUUCAGUGUGACGGGGGAUACGCUGGAGGAGGUGGCUAAGCUGGAGAGGCACCGGGGGCCUAUUACCGCUGUGCGCUACUCGCCGGAUGGGUCCAUGCUGGCCACUGGGGACCAGAACAGGGAGGCUGUUGUGUGGGAUACCGCCACACGAGAGGUGAAGAUGCGCAACAUGGUGUACCACACGGCGCGCAUCAGCACUCUCGCAUGGUCCCCAGACUCAGCGCGUGUGGCCACAGCCUCACUCGACAUGUCCAUCCUAGUCUACGACGUCAGCAAGCCGCCCUCCGACCGCGUCACGCUCAAGAACGCGCACGUGGGCGGCGUGUCGGCGCUCGCCUUUGUGGACGCCACCACCAUUGUGUCUGCCGGUAACGACGCCUGCGUCCGCAUCUGGUCGCUUCCGUAG